CGCGGGGACGGUGACAGCGGCAGCGCUGCCGGGCCGCGGCGGAGCGCAGCGGCCGCACCUGGGCGAGGAGGACGAGGCCGCCGGCGGCGGCGGGCCGGAUCGCAUCAUGGCCUCGGGUGGCGGCGGCGGCGGCGGCGGCAAGAUCCGGACCCGACGGCACCACCUGGGAGCCGCCAAGCCGCCCUACGCGAGGGGCAAGCAGCAGCUGGGACUCCUUAGCAGAGUGACUGAAUCAGUGAAAAACAUUGUACCAGGAUGGCUGCAGAAGUAUUUCAAUAAAAGUGAAGAUAAAUGUGUAGAUAUGAAUGAAUCUGCAAGUGAGGAAGAGAAUCCAGUAAACUAUCACCAUGAUUAUGCAAAUGAAGAUACCAUGGUAAUUGAUGGGAGAGUCACGCCUGAAUCAGCAAGAAUUAAUUUAGAAGAACCAUCCACGAGCAGGUCUGCGCUGAACUUCUCGGAUGUGUUAACAAGGCCCUCCCUUCACCGGAGCCAUUUGAACUGCACCGUGCUGGAUUCCACAGUCCCACACUGUCAGCCCUCCACAUCUGCCACACUUGGCAUCGGCAGUCCUGGGCUGUCCCUCGUAAAGGAAAUAAAAGAUUCUACCUCUCAGCAUGACGACGAUAACAUCUCAACAACCAGUGGCUUCUCCUCUAGAGCAUCUGAUAAAGAUAUCACAGUUUCAAAAAAUACUUCAGCACCACUGCUUUGGUCCCCGGAGGCUGAAAGAUCUCAUGCCCUCUCACAGCAUCCUGCAUCUAGCUCUAAAAAACCUGCAUUCAAUUUGUCUGCUUUUGGAUCUCCCUCUUCUUCACUUGGAAACACUUCUGUCUUUAAGACAAGACAGCUUGGGGAUUCUCCAUUUUACCCAGGAAAGACCUCUUAUGGUGGUGCAGCUGCAGCAGCGAGACAGACAAAAGUCCAGAUUUCUGCUUACCAGCCACCGAUAAAAAGACAAGUGAAAGCUAAACAAGCAAAUGUGCAAUCCUAUGGUGUGACAAGUUCCACAGCACGGCGCAUCUUGCAGACAUUGGAGAAGAUGUCAAGCCCUUUGGCAGAUGCUAAAAGGAUUCCAUCUUCUGUUUCUAGUCCGCUGUCUUCUCCUGUGGACAGGAGUGUGCUGAAUGUGACUAAUUUCCAAUCCAGACAAAACCAGGUGGACUCACAACAUCCUCCUGUCCAGAAACUUGUGACACCAAAGCCAAUCUCCCUGACAGGGAGUCGGAUCACAUAUUUUAAACCAUCUCUGAAAUCAGCUACUAAUUCCAGAAAAAUUCACCAAAGGGUAGAUACGGACCAUCAAGACAUGAUGGAGGAGAGUUUUCCUGCAGAAAAGCCUGUAAAAUCAUCUGAAAGCAAUUUGAGCUACCCCAAACUCGAUACUCCUGCAUCCAAUGGUCUGUCUUUGGGAGGUAGGAUGGAGAGUGCCUGUGGCAAGAUGAGAAGGGAAAGGGAGCGAUACUCUGCAUCAAGACCUGCACAAAAACAACAACUGAUGGAGCAAGAAGUGCUACCUGAAGUACCCCUGCCCAUCAGUACUGCAUCGCUGCCGACGUUCAGCUUCAGUUUCCCUACCAGUAGUGCUGUCUCCUCAUCACCCAGCAUUGUUUCAAAAGCAGUGAUGAACAAGGUACAACCAGCGAGUAAUGUUGGCAGUCCUACAUUUGUAUUUUCAUCUCCAAUUGUGAAAUCUACUGAGGUGGAAGUGCUACCUCCCUUGUCUCAAAUUAAGUUUACAUUUAGUGUUCCUGUCGUAAAGUCAUCAGAGCUUUCUGGAUCCACUGAUACACCAGUGACAUCCAUCCUUAGUCCAGGUAGUGCCACUGUAAACAGCACCAGCAAUAAGAAGGAAGAAGAAGAAUAUGAUGGGUUCUGCAAACCUGCUAAGUUCUUAAAGCAAGGAAGUGUGUUGGACAUUCUAAAAAGCCCCGGCUUUAUGUCUGGGAAAUCACCCUCCUGUUCAUCUGCACAGCCUGUUACGAGCACAGUGGUCUAUACAAGGCCUGCAAUAAGUAGUUUUUCUGCAGGUAAAGACGCCUCUAAACAAGCAUCCUCGUUUUGGCAGUCUGACACACAUGACCCGUGUCUGCAGAACAAAACCACAGAUGGCAAAUGUGUAACAUGUGAAGCUGCUAAAGUGUCCACUGUUGAGGGUACGAAGCAAACGAUCAGUGUGAGUCCAUGUGUCUCCUCCAAGGCAACAGUCCCUACAGCAGGGACGCUGGGCUUUGAAGACAAAUUUAAACCAGCACCCAACACAUGGGAUUGUGAUACCUGUCUGGUCCAGAACAAACCUGAAGCUACGAAGUGUAUAGCAUGUGAGACACCAAAGCCUGGAACUGGAGUGAUGCCUGCUCUCACAAUGCCAAUGGUCACGGACAACUCGGUGACAGUGACAUCCACCUCCAGCAGCACUGGCACAGCAGUCACUCUGGGGUUUGGAGACAAAUUUAAACAGCCAAAAGGCUCUUGGAACUGUUCAGUGUGCCUUCUACAAAAUAAGGCAGAAGACAGCAAAUGUGUAGCUUGUCAGUCUGAGAAACCAGGGAGUUCAGUGCCUGUGACCAGUAGCAGUGUUUCUGCAUUUUCUGCUUCUUCUGGAGGUUUUCUGGAUUUAGACAAAUUCAAGAUGCCUGAAGGAAGUUGGGAAUGUGAGGUCUGCUUAGUCCAAAACAAAGCAGAAGCCACAAAAUGCAUAGCCUGUGAAAAUAUGAAGCCAGGCACCAAAGCAGAGCUCAAAGGUUUUGGUACUGCUACUGUGUCUACAAAUGCUGCAAUGCCAUCAUUUACAUUUGGUGUCCCGUCAUCAUCCUCUGAAUCUUCGCAAACAUUAGGUAGCACAGGAGAUGUUAAAUUUGGAGAACAAAGUAGCUUUAAGUUCGGCAUCACAUCCGAAUCUACAUCAUCUAACACUGUGACUGGAGGGUUUAAGUUUCCUACUGGUUCAGGGAACUUCAAAUUUGGAGUUUCUUCCUCAGACUCUAAAUCAGAAGAUAGCAAAAAAGAAAGUAAAAGUAACAGUUUUACCUUCGGACUUCCAUCUACAAGCAGUCAGGCUCCUUCAACAUUUCAGUUUGGAACGACGAGUCUGGGACAGCAGGAAAAGAAAGAGGAACCAGUUUUGGGAGGAUUUGGUUUUGCUACAAGUUCUAUUUCUUCCAUAGCUACUAAUGAGAAUAAAACUGGAAUCGGUGGCUUCACUUUUGGAACUGUGGCAGAAAAGGAUGCAGCAUCACCUGCUUUGCCAUUUAAGAAGUCAGAUGAGAAAAAGGAUGAAACUGUUUCAACAAAGGGAGGUUUCUCUUUUGGUAGUGUGGAGUCUGCACCUGCCUCACAGUUUGUUUUGGGAAGGGCAGAAGAGAAGCAAGACCCUGUCACUUCUGCUGGUCCUUUAGCAUUUGGAAAGAAAGCUGACAGUGAAGAGAUAAAGGCACAGCCUAUCUUUUCAUCUGGGACAGCUGAGCAUACCAAAGAGGAGAGCACAGCAAAACCUGUAUUCAAUUUUAGUUUUGGUAAACCAUCAGAAAAGGAAAGUGAGCAGGCAAAGGCACCUUUUGCCUUUGGAGCACCAACCAGUACCUGCGAUCAAGGAGCAUCCUUCAGCUUCUUGAGCUCUAGUUCCUCCAACACAGUGGUACCCACCACUUCAGCCAACAGCAGCAGUGUGUUUGGCAGCAGCCUCUCUUCCUCAAACCCUCAGCCAGUUCCCACUCCCUUUGUGUUUGGACAACCCAGCAACACUGUGACCAGCUCUGUUUUUGGCAAUCCUGCAGAAUCUGCAACAUCUCAGUCAUUUGGCUUCUCUCAAGAGAACAAACCAGCAACCACAUCUUCUAGCACUGGCUCGACUCUUACUCCAUUUCUCUUUCGUUCAGGAGAGAGCAGUACAAAUGCAGCAAAUUCAGGAUUUACUUUUGGAGCCACAACUACAUCAAAUUCAACAGGGUCAUCGUCUUCAUUUCUGUUUGGCUCUGGGCCCCCAGCGCCUGCUGCUGGCUCAGCCUUUGGCACCAGUCAGUUACCAGCAUUUGGCCCAAGCCCAGGCUCCAGCCAGCAAAGCGCUCCAAGUUUUGGAUCGCUGUCGACAACGUUGUUUUCUGCUGGCUCCCACCCUGCUCCUUCUGCAUUCGGCUCGGUGACAAGCAGCACUCAGCCCUCUGUGUUUGGACAGCAGGCAGCCCAUCAGCCAGCUUUUGGCUCUGGUACCCCCAGUGCUGGUUCUGUAUUCCAGUUUGGAAGCAAUACUACUAAUUUCAGCUUUCCAAAUAACCCAGGAGUAUUCACUUUUGGUGCAAAUCCUCCUGCAUCAGCCGCUCCUGGCACUUCGGGAUUUUCGUUCAACCAGCCUCCAACAUUUACAGUGGGGACUAAUGGGAAAAAUGUUUUCUCUGCCUCUGGAUCUUCAGUUCCUGGUCGGAAGAUAAAGACUGCAAUUAGACGUAGAAAGUAAACGCCCGAUCGGUAAAGCAUCAAAAACAUUGGAAGCAGCUACUAUCCUGAAUUGUUCAGCUAUUAUCCUGAAAUGUUCAGCUACUACCCUGAAUCGUUCAGUUACUGGGAUUGUACCUCAUACUGGCUUGUCGGAAGUCAGAUCUGCCUAAAGGAAUAUAAAACUUAGCUUUCCUGUCCUUCCCUCCCCUCUACCCGUUACAUUUUUUUGGUAGCAAGUAAAGUUGGCAACAAGGCUGUUUCUCAAGCAAAAGUCUCAAGUUACUUCUUCCACUGACUCAGCAUGGUCUGGCUGUAGCCCCGAGUAGAGCCUGCACAGUGAAUGGCUUGUCGAUACCUCUUCAUCCGCACCACUACGUGCGCUCAUCCGCGUUUACUGACGCCUCGAAAUUGUAAUUAUAUCAGCGAGGGAUGCUGUAUAGAGUAGAGAAUGUUGAUAACGAAUGAUUUCUAUGCUGAGUUUGUGCUGGUGUAUGUGUGAAGUGAGUGAGUUUGGGUGUAUUGUGCACUAAAAUUUUCUGAUAGGGGAAGACUGAUUAAAGGAUGAUCCAUGCUAAGGACUUGUUAGAUCUGUAGUUCUUCAUUUAAUAAUUAUAUGCUAUUUCUAUAUUUUCAUUCUUACAGCCCUUUAUCACCUGUCUCGCCUUGUUAUUUUAUUACGAAAUGUGUAAAUACGGUUUUGUUUCUCUAUGUACUUUUUUGGCAUAACAAAUCUGUGAAAUUGAAAUUUUAAUUUUGUGUGUUACAGCCAUUUUUGUUUAGUAUUGUCUCAGAUUUUAUGUAAAUCCCAUUAUUCAAAGUUGCCUAAAUCCAUUUAGAAAAUCUUUAAAAUUGGGAAUUCUUAAAGUAAGUUUAUUGGCUUUUCUGAUCCAUUUUUGUUUGGACCAAAAACCAGUAUUGUACAAAGUAUUAAGUAUAUAUUUUUAUAUUUACUGAAAUGGACUGUGGUGACUUUGGAUAAUAAGGAAAAGUUUAAUAUUAAAGCCAUGUUUAUUACAGUAUAAUUAACAUGUUAAACCAUGGGAUAAAUGCCAUCAAUAAAAACUGCGAAAUAUUACCUGGCAAUUUUAACUCUGUAAAGGCAUCCCCAACUGUAACUGUAUGAGGUCGUUCCCUGAGCCUCAGCAAUGUCUCAUGCUUUCUUCAACCUGUGCUUUUUUGCAUAGAUUUUAGAGGAUCUUAAAUUUAGAAGUCUCCUCUUAGGAAAGAAGAGUUUUAUUGUAGGCUGAAGUUUGGAGCAGUUUUAUCAAUGUGUCAGCUGGCUGCAGUUAAUUUUUUGUAGUGCUAUUAAAGAAACCCAACCUAAUGUUUUCAAACAUUCACCACUUUUCUAACUGAAGACUGGAAAUGAGUAAUGGGGGGGAGGCACUUCUGUAGCAGUUACAGGAACUUCUUGGAGAACAGACCCUAUUCUAGUAAAAUCAGAGGAAAUGCUUGUUCAUGUGGGGGCCCACAGCUGGAUUUGUACCAAGUCACAGCAGUCUGUCUCUGACUCAGACAUGAAUUCUUCCCUCAGCUAGAAGGGCAGAGACCUGCAUCGCCGUCAGAUGGUGUAAAUGUCUUUCAGAGGCGCUGCUGGGCCUUGGCUGACACUUCAGAUCCCAGUACUGCUCCCCGCUCCUGCAGGUGCUGCUGGUAUGAGGUGAGAUGCCUUCCAGGCAUAAACUGGACAUAACAAGAGGGCAAAGGCCAACUGCUCUUUUCAGGUGUAGGGCCCCAGUCACUGUUCCUAGAAACAGAAAAUGCUCAGCAACUUGACUUUCAAACUACAUACACACACUCUCACUGCUAUUCAGGCAGUCAGACCAUGCCACUGCAGCCAUGAAAGGAUUAUUUGCAAUUAUGCAUUUCCAGCUGUCUACAUGUGAAAAAUGCCACAGCUUUCCACCUUCUCCCCCUUAGCCCUGAAGCACCUGCCAAGUACUUGUCCUUCAAGCAGAAACAAGCCACAUGUGGGAUGCAGCUUGCAUAAGAGACAAACUAAAAGCGGGCCAACAGCACAAUGUAUACAUAUUUCCAUGGACAGGCUCUGUGUUCUUGCAUUGUAAUUGUUUUCUUUACCUGCUGUGGUAAGGGUGGUAUUUUUCUAUAGGGUAAGAGAUACCUUCCCUUAUACCUGAAUUGUUAGUAAUAAAGUUUUAGCCAACAGUGUUGCUUUUCCCUUC